AUGUCGACCAGCGCAGCGGAUGUCAUCACUCAACAAGGCACCCAAAUUGCCUCACUCCACCAGCAGCUCGCAGCAAGUCAAGCCCAGUUUUCCGCCCUCACAAGGGAGAAUAUGGCACUCAAAGAAGCACGUUCUGAAGCGGAAGUGAAAGAGCGGGAGCUGCAGGAUGAGGUGCACACAAUGCACAUGAAUUGGCUCGAGAGUGAGAGGGUUCGGGUGAAGGUGGCACGGGAGCGUGAUGAGGCGAAGGCGGAUAAGAAGGAGGCGGUGCGGGUUGCUUGGGCUUGGUUGACGGCCGUUGAUGAUGGGUUUGUGCACGAUGAGGUUGUGGGGGAUGCCGAGGCGUUGUUGAAGAGUACGAGGAGAUAG